UUUGUUUGUUGUUCCUGCAGGAGUAAUGCCGUCGCCAGCGCCCUCCUUCGAAGGUUUCGCAGCCACCGUCAACGCCUACCUUGAGAAACCGCCCUUUAACCACCCUAACGCUCUCCACCAGAUAGGAGGCAUGAAGAACAUCCGUGCGGAGGCAGCGUACCUGUACGACGCCGUGCAUGUGUACGCCCGUGCUCUCAAUGAAACACUGAGAAUUGGCGGAGACCCUCACGACGGUCGGGCACUCAUCACCUCUAUCCUGGGUACCACCUACCGCAGUGCCAUGGGGUACAUGGUGCGUAUGGACGAGAGAGGAGACGCAGAGGGCAACUAUACUCUUAUUGGUAGACAAGAGCACCAUCUUAUGGCUGGAGAGUUCGGUCUCUACCCCGUAGGCGGCUUCCGUUACACCGAGGAUGAUUACAAGGGCCUGCCCGAGGUGCAUAUGACCAGCAACAUACCGUGGAAGACAGGUUCCCCACCCAUUGAUGAGCCUCCCUGUGGCUACCGUGGACAAAAAUGCCAGUCUCAAACUGGAGAGAUCAUUGCUGGUGUGACGGGUGGUGUAGUACUGCUGCUCUUGGUGAUCUCACUAGUUGCUUACAGGUGCAUCAAGCCGGUGUGGGCAAUCGUCUCCGAAUGAACACCUGUUCCCAGUUGUCAUUCCCAGCUGUGAUACCAAGCUGUGAUCCCCAGCUCCAGCAUCGUUAUCAUCUCCAGUUGACGUCGUGCUUCAACACCUGACACGACGGCAUCUGUCCUCUAACCCGCUUCCUGUUGCCAUUACACCUGAGCCAGCUCACCUCUUGCAUAUGUAACACCAGCUGCUAGGGGCCACCUGCACCAAACAGCAAAAAUCACUUACGUUGCGACAACUUCUUUACAAAACUGACCUAGUGCAUGCUUAUCCAGUAUCUGCCCAAGUUAUCAACUUGCUUCAGCAAAUCCCUUUCUUCGACUCUGCAACACCAGUCUUACCUAACCUGCUGUUAAACUCAUCAAUAUUUAUUAAAGCAAGCCAUCUGUCGUCCCUUGAAACACCUGUUCCACCUGACUCCUUGCCUUCCAUUUAUUUCAUAAAUUUCUUAUAAUAACUAAUAACAAGGUUCAGCAACACCAGCCAUGAAUGCUAUCAACUCAGCAACAUUUACCUGUCUACCAUGAGACCUCCUGCCUGGAUAACCGCAAUACACUUGCUAUGAAUUAUUUGUAACCUGCGUACAUCAUAAGCCCCAUUACAAUUAUUUUAACAGCAGCAGCAACAUUAACUCAUCAGAAACACUGCCUUAGUUAAUUAACAUCAAAUAGUAUGGUUAUACUAGAAGAAAUGUAAGAAAAUAACAAACCUCCAGGUAAUACCAUCAACAAAUAAAACCGUGAUUAUAACGGUUAAGGAAUCAAGUGAGUAAGCUUGAUAUCAAGAUGGAAUGCCUUAAACAGCUAGGGCUAAACAUUGUACUUAAGCUAUGAAUUUCUCCUAUUUUUAUUUGGAAAGUGACUUAAAUCUGCAGCAAGGGCUUGUUUUAAGCUUUUAUCACAAAUCUUCUGUCAAAGAGCACCUAUGAUUUGCCUGAAGUAUUACCUUGAAGAGAUAGCGAAGUCCGACUUUAAAUAAUAUCACUUUCAGUUUAAUCAUCAUUAACAAUGAUUUUUAAUAAGAGACUUCGUAUUAUGAAAAAGGGUUUCUAGUUGCCCCGAAAAUAUUUCCAACACAUCUUAACUUUGUAUGUGUGUAAUUUUAAAUAAACCACAAAUUAACUCUUUUUAAAGUGCAAAAUGAGUGAAUGAGGAACAGUUUGUUGUAAGAGUGGAGACGGUGUCAGGUGAUUGUUGGCAGAGCAGGAGGAAGGGACAGGCACAGCACACCAAGCUGCCUGGGACAGGCACAGCACACCAAGCUGCCUGGGACAGGCACAGCACACCAAGCUGCCUGGGACAGGCACAGCACACCAAGCUGCCUGGGACAGGCACAGCACACCAAGCUGCCUGGGACAGGCACAGCACACCAAGCUGCCUGGGACA